AUGGUGCUCUGCUCUGGUGUUUGGAUGAAUGGACUGAGGACUUUUCCAGCCGAAGUCAAGCGGAGUUUCGACGAGUCCGAAGGCUCGGAUCUCUUCUACAGGCUCAAGGACCGCAUGACAAACACCAUCCGAACUCCCUACGACAAGCAGGAUAGCAGCAAGGACAAGGCAUGCUGGCCUAUAGGGACGCGAGUUGUGAUCACCGAAGACGGAGACAUGUACCUGAACCACGUGGGCCGUCUGGUGGAGUACAGAGGCAAAGGCUGGUAUGCUGUGUUCAUGGAGGACGGCCACAAAGUUUGCUACAACCCGAUGCAGUUCGCAAGAUGUGCGGAUCAGAGCGGGCCUCCGACAUCAAGUCAGAUGUACGUUGAUCCUUUCACCCAAGGAAACAAGAGGUUUCUGAACGAUCCACACUUCGUGCAACACGGGAUGGUCGAUGGUUUCAGAUUGUUACAAGCAAACAACUCAAACAACCAGGGGGGAUGUAAUGGUAGCAGCUCCAACUCGCACCAUGCACAGAAUGGCAGCAAUCCGCCCUUGGGAACAAAAGUGAGGAUAGUGAGAACGUACGGCGGAAGUUUGCUUCCACGUGACGAAGUCAAAACUGGGGAGACAACAGGAUUUGUGCAUGGUUGGUACACGAUAACCUUAGACGAGACCAACAAGACGACGAAUUGCCGGCGAAGCAGUUUUGUGAUUGUCGGGGAUGAUGAGGACGUGGCUCUCGGGUAUGCUGAGGAGAAACAAGAAGGAAAGGGAAGCACGAAGAAAGUAGGCGGCGAUGAUGGGAAGGGCGGAGACAGCGAAUCGGUCCUGUCUGGGCAAGAAGAGAACGAUCGUUCUUCUCUCCACAAGUCAACGAGGAAACGAGGCCGUCCUAGUCAGAAAGAGCAGAUUGAAAGAGCUCGGGUGCCACAGCCUGAAAGCAAUCAAAGAGAUGCUUCAGAAGAUGGGGAUGAAGACGAUGAGGGCGAUGAAGGGGACAAGCGGAGGAAGGGGAAGAGGAUCGAUGAAGAAGCGACGAAUGGCAGGAGGAAGCGGGUGAAAUCUCGGGACGACGCGGAAAAGGAAUCAAAGGACAGCAAGGACGGGAAGGAUGAGGAAGAAACGAAACGCGAGGAGAUGUCGGAGGAGCGCAGGCGGAAGGAAGACAAAGACAAGGAGAGGAAAGAGGAGGACGUGAAGCAAGAGCCCCAGCUGACUCAGGAGGAGAGGGAUGCGCUAGAGGCUGCUCGGCUCGCUGCCAUGCUGAACAGGAACCCGAGGAGGAGAGGAGCAGAGCGAGACAUUGAGAUCCACCUGCCCCUUCCCAGAGUGCCUCACAAGUCCAGGAAGAAGAAGGAGGACAAGGACGAGAAGCAUCACGGGAAAGAGGAGAAGAACGAACACGGGGACAGCAAGGCCUGA